AUGGCAAACAAUACUCUCGGAAAGACAACUGCACCUCUCGCCGGUCGUCCCCCCUUCGCAACUGAUGAGCCUGAUUCUGCUUAUGAAAACUCGCCCAAUGGACAAACCCGUCGUCUCAGAUUUCCAGAUAACCAGGAUAAUAAGACAAGGCCAACUUCUGCGUACGACGUAUAUGAUCACUAUAUCGACGAAAAGAACCCUCGUCAGUCCGGUUACGGAGACCUCGGUGCAGACCUCCUAAAUGGCGAGUUAGAUGACGACUCCGACGACGAGACUAUCGCAUAUCACGGUGACAUCAAGAAAGACUUUUCGGAAGAAAAACUUCCCCCGCCGCCAUCACUUAACAAUUUUCCUGCCAUACCCAUCAUGGCACCGAAGCCCGGGUAUGCCGCACCUGUCAGCGCGUUGACGAUGCCCGAACCUGUCGCGUCGCCUAUCGGCCAGCAGCGUUCUCAUCAACAGCAGAUGCCUCAGCCGCAAAUGCGACAGCAACAGAAAUUUGGCGCCGCUCCCUUAUCCAUACCGGAACGGAGCCCGUACGCAGCAUCUCCGGUACCGAGUACUCCGCAUCCGUUGCAGCCGCCUAUGACGCCAAUCACGCCAGCGUUCGCUCGUCCGCCGAAGAGCGAGGGUGGAGUUAAGUUCGACGCCGAGUCGAUCAUACGUGGGCAGCGUGAGGAAGUACCGCUUGCGCGUCGCGGACAGAAAGGGGAUGAUUUCUGGCGACGGUUUAGCAUGGUCGUGAGGGAAGAAGGUGGGAGGAAGAAUACGAGUUCCUGGCUCGAGAAGACUCAAAACGGCUCAGCCCAUCUCUCUCGUAUGGUCUGGAUAAUCGGUAUCCUAAUCCUCGUCAUCAUCGGCGGAGCAAUCGGUUUCGGCUGGUACAUCUCACACAACUCCACCACCACGACGCACGCAAAGGCUCUAGGUGGUAGCGAAGGGCAAGGCCAAGACCUCUCCAUCACGCAGACAAGCACGGCUGCAGGAGGCACGAGUAGCGAAGGCGUUCGUCCGACACUUACGGUACAGAAACGUUGGCCGGUGCCAGAGCCGACUCCGGCGAGUGUACACGUCGUACAUGUACAUCCUCACGCCAAUGCUCAUUAUGUGCCGCCGUCGAACUCGUCGAAGCGACAUAGACGCACGAUGAAGAAUCGUCUAGUAUAG